AUGGCGAACUCGGGAUCGGGAGAGCUGGUCCAAGUACAGCUCGAAGAGUACUCCCUGCAGCAAGCUCCACUAUAUAAAGCCUUGUCAUACACUUGGGGCACGAACGAAAGGCCCGAGCAGAUCACCAUUGGAAAUGACUCCCACCUCAGUGUCACCGGGAACCUACUUGCAUUUCUCGUGUAUCUUUGUACGAAAAAAUCAGUGUUUUUCUGGAUUGAUGCAAUCUGCAUCAACCAAGAUGACAUUCAAGAGCGAGGCUCGCAAGUAAGGCUAAUGAAGCAGAUCUACCAGCAGGCAAAAGAAGUUGUCGUGUGGCUGAAUCAACCAUCCUUUACGACGUUUGCCGAGAGUAUCGCCUGGAACAUAGUCAAGAACAAUAAAGAUCGGCGGCUCGCCAAGCUCCCUCUGUGGUCACUGAAGAUGUUCCACCACCCGUGGCCCAUGCGAGUGUGGGUACUUCAAGAGGUUGUCUACGCCCAAAACAUCACCAUAGUGUCCCAGCGCGAUGAUAAUAGAGUAGGAUACAUCACAUGGGAUGAAGCUCUGGAUUUUGGCGCUGAGUACCUAGACCGAUACAAACAUGACAACCGCAACACCCCUGUGGAUGAAGACAUUGAGCUGUCAAUAGCCAUGAUGAUUGCCAUGAAUGACUGGAGAGGUAAAGCUGAAAGUGACAUCUUCAACCUGACUCUUUCCGAGCUCUUGUCGAAUACGAGAUUCUGCGGCGCUAGUGAUCCCAAAGACAAGGUCUUUGCCCUUUUAGCCCUCGCGUCGGACGUGGAUCUCGAUAUUUUCCAAAUCGACUAUGGAAUGUCGUGGAGGAAUCUGUCCGUAUGUCUCGCUCGACAUACAAUUUCGCAAAGCAAUACGCUCGAUAUCCUACGUUGGAAAGGACUUUCUAGGCCUACUCCGCAAGUAGAUGUUUUGCCGUCUUGGGUACCAGACCUAUCCAGUCCGGCAUUACUAGCACCCAUAUAUCCUUAUGAUUGGCCGAACCGAGCUAAGCUGAGUUUCGAAGACAGUCCCGAUGUCACCCUCAUAUGUGACGAGACCUCUCUCGUUGUAAAGUACUUGACGAUUCAUGAUGUACUUACCAUUGCACCAGCUCGCAUGACAGCUGAUCAUAUAGAAAGAUACCAAGACAUGCUGGCCGUCCUACAACAAUGGUACCAAAUCGCGAGAGAACAUCCCAGCUUUGUGGACGAUCAGAAGAAAAGGAUCGAUUCAUUUUGUGGUACCUUGAAGAUGACUUUCGGCUCGCAGGGAGAUGAAGAAGACAUAGAAAAGGUCUACAGCGCUGGGUUAGGAUGGCAGUGGCACUUCAGGAAGCUCAUGGGGGAGGAUGUUAGCUAUUCCGAGCCAGACGACCCUGACGAACUUGAGUACGAUCUUGAUGAUGCAAGAAUCCUCUCGCCAGAGAACCCACAUCUUUAUACGCCUUGGGCUCGUGAAGUGAUGUUUGGAGAACUCGAUCACCUCCAGGGACGCUCCUUUGGGUUCACCUCCGAUGGGCAGAUGACGCUUCUGCCACCAGGCGCCCGAGAAGACGACCACAUAUGCCUCUUGUAUGGACUCCAGCUUCCCUUCGUUCUACGAAAAAGCAUAAAUGGGUACUUUCAAGUCAUCGGUACAUACUACGUUCAUCACCAUGUCGACUGGGACAAGUUUGAAGCUCGGCAGACUUGGGAACAACUACAGUCGAUUACGCUUCGGUGA